AUUUUCCCAGCUACUCAUCUAGUUUUGUAGAGCUCUGGGGACAACUGGAGAUGGCUGAGGAGAAGAGGCGGCCGGGAACUGGUGGCCAAAGGCCUGUAGGUCUGCGGAGAGCCAUGAGCGCAAUUCAGCGGCCCAGCAGCGGUCGGCCCAUGAGCAGCGCCAGACCGCGCAGACCGUACUCUGCCUACACGAAGAAGGGAGACGAGGAAGAAAGCCCGAAGUUCGAGGCUCCCAAGUCGAACAGAGAGUGGUGGCGAGCCUACCUCAAGGAGACGCCGAUACCUGGGUCCUACAGCCAGAGAGGUUUCCUGGACGAUCUUCGCAGAGAGCGCAGCACGUACCGAUUUAGGGACACUCCUCGAGCCAAGUCUGCCAGUCACCAGAGGUUCGAGCGGACAGGAGAACAGUUGCUACCUGGGGCGUACGAGACGCAGGGUUUCGUUCAGGAUGUGUCCAAGAGGAAAGUGUCGUAUGGCUUCUUGGACAUAGAGCGAGGGGCAGGGCCCAAGAUAGGACACGGCUAUGGAGACAAGGAGCUGGACACAGAGCCGACCAGGUAUAAUGUGGUGGACUACACUGGAGGUGCACUGGAGAAGGACUCCAAGACCAGUGCAUACAGGUCAAGAGUAAAGCGAGACAUCAGCAGUGCUCAUCAAUUCAGAAUAGUGAAGGGUCCAGGACCAGGGCUGUAUGAUGCAGACACAGCUAAGAAAUCCCCUGAGGUAACUUCCAUCUUCAAGUCACGUGUCCCGAGAUUCAACAGCCAUGGCAAAAAAACACCAGGCCCGACAGAGUACAACUGCAGUACCUCUGUCUUUGGACAGCCAAAACCACUGCCAGCAGUCGUCCUACAUCUCAAAAAACGCACAAUGUCUGUUACUUAGUAGUUUAAUGUCUACAAGAUGUUUUUCAUUCUUCAACAGCGAUUGUUACACAGCACAAGGGGACAAAAAAACAGAGAUGAAAAUAUAAAAUGUGGGUAUAAUAGGAUAGUGGCUAUUAGUCUAUUUGCUGGUCAUCAUGGCCACAAACUCUGUAGAAUUGACCUGGCCAUCUCCGUCAAUGUCAGCCUCUCGGAUCAUCUCGUCCACCUCUUCAUCCGUCAACUUCUCCCCGAGGUUCGUCAUCACGUGACGCAGCUCGGCGGCUGAGAUGAAACCGUUUCCGUCCUUGUCGAACACGCGGAAGGCCUCACGGAUCUCCUCCUCGGAGUCCGUCUCCUUCAUCUUCCGCGCCAUCAUGGUCAGGAACUCGGGGAAGUCGAUGGUGCCGUUCCCGUCGGCGUCAACCUCGUUGAUCAUGUCCUGCAGCUCGGCCUCCGUGGGGUUCUGCCCGAGGGAGCGCAUUACGGUGCCCAGCUCCUUGGUGGUGAUGGUCCCAUCUCCGUCCUUGUCGAAAAGGGAGAAGGCCUCCUUGAAUUCGGCGAUCUGUUCCUCGUUCAGCUGGUCGGCCUGCGCACACGGGGGGGAGAAAACAACAGUUUAGUACGACUGAAGUAAAGCUGUCGCACGUAACGUACCAUUUUCAGUUGGGUCUGUGACUAGUAGGCUGAGUGAGAGACGAAAACGUUGGGGAGGAUUUGAGGUGGGACC